ACCUAUAAGUCUAAGGUUCUCUCUCAUAUCAAAUUUUAUUUUAAGUAAAACUAUUUCUUAUUUGGUAGUCCUCUUCUUUGUGAUAUCAAUUAACUUGUUUAGUUUAGUUAAAGUCUACAAGUCAAUAAUAGUGAUUUGCAGAGCAAAUCCAUGGAAGUUAAGAAAUUGGUGGUGAAGUUGAACAUCCAUGAUGAUAAAGACAAGCAAAAGGCCAUGAAAGCAGUCUGUUCUCUUGAAGGGAUUAAUUCAUUGGAGGUAGACAUGAAGGAAAGUAAAAUGACAGUGAUAGGAGAAGUUGAUCCAAUUGCCGUGGUACGCAAGCUAAAGAAAAAAUGGAAUGCACAAAUUGUUACAGUGGGCCCUCCCAAAGAGGAGAAAAAAGAAGAUAAGAAAGAUGACAAAAAGGAUGAUAAAAAGGACCCCAAAAAAGACGAUAAAAAAGAUGAUGAAAAGGCUCAAAUGGCUAAACUUCUUGAGGCUUACAAGGCAUAUCAUCCUCCUAUGUAUUUUUGCUACCCGAACUAUUGGUGAAAACCCUAAUUCUUGUGUCAUUUCUUGAUCAACAUAUUCAAAAUUCAUGGGAAAUAUAUAGAGUAUCUUUUUAAGGGUAUAAAGAGGGUUUUAAAAAAAAAAGAUAAAUGCAAGGAUGUUGUUUUGCUCAUUUGAUGCAAAUAUAUAAGAAUUUAAAUGCCAAUUUUUAGAUUUCAAAUUAUGAAAGGAGAUACUCUUGUGAGAGAUCGUCUCACGAUGCGACAAGUUUAAAACAAAAAACUCAUGCUGAAAAUUUGUAUUAAUUGGGUUGUAUAUUUAACUCAUGUAUAAA